GAAAUUGUCCAAAAUAUCGUCAUUGUCUUAGGCGGAAGAAAAUCUGCCUCAAGCUCGAGCCCACCACAAGUUCCCACGCUUCUCUUCAAUGGCACAAAAUCUAGCUCUGCCUCUUCUCCUCCCAAGUCCACCACCCACAAGACCUCUCUUUCUUAACCAAAGCCAACAAAUUCCACCACCCACAACGCCUUCAUCACCACAACAUCAACAAACGACGCCUUUAUCACCACAACAUCAACAAACGACUUCAUCACCUCCCUCUUUCACCCCUCUUCUUCAAGACUUCCUACACCAACAAAACCCCGCUCACACUGAGUCAAAAUCCUUUAACUCUUCCUCUUCCAUACCCAGAAACCGUACCCGAAUUGGCAAGUCACGUGACCCCAACCGUGGAAAACCCUGGUCAAACCACCGCCUCUCUAGUAAAGGUCAGCAGGUUCUCCAAUCUUUAAUUGAUGAUUCUUUUGACGUGAAAGAUAUUGAUAGUGUUUUGUUACAGUUAUUUGAGUCUCGUGAAGUGAAACCAGAUGUUAAAAUUGAUGCUUUGAGUUCUGAUGUGUUGGGUAUUGUGAAGGGUUUAGGGUUUUACAAGAAAAGCGACUUGGCGUUGAGUGUGUUUGAAUGGUUUAGGAGUCGUAAAGAUUGUGAGUUGAUCUUGAAUGGUUCUGUUAUAGCUGUGAUUAUUAGUAUGCUAGGGAAAGAAGGUAAAGUUUUGGCUGCAGCUUCGUUGUUGAAUGCUUUGCAAAAAGAUGGGAUUUAUGUCGAUGUUUAUGCUUAUACUUCAUUGAUAAGUGCUUAUGCAAGUAAUGGAAGGUACAGGGAGGCUGUGAUGGUGUUCAAGAAGAUGGAGGAGGACGGGUGUAAACCUACUUUGAUAACUUACAAUGUGAUUCUCAAUGUGUAUGGAAAAAUGGGUAUGCCUUGGAAUAAGAUUAUGGCUCUAGUUCAGGGAAUGAAGAAUGCCGGAGUUGCCCCAGAUUCUUAUACUUAUAAUACCCUUAUAAGUUGUUGUCGGCGGGGUUCUUUGCAUGAAGAAGCAGCUUGGGUUUUUGAGAAAAUGAAAUUAGCGGGUUUUAGUCCAGAUAAGGUUACUUAUAAUGCAUUGUUGGAUGUUUAUGGGAAGUCUAGGCGGCCUAAAGAGGCCAUGGAGGUAUUAAGGGAGAUGGAGAUACAUGGUUGUUUACCCAGUAUUGUGACUUACAAUUCAUUGAUAUCUGCUAAUGCCAGAGAUGGUUUGUUGGAAGAGGCGAUGGAGCUUAAAAAACAGAUGGUUGAAGUAGGGAUAAAGCCUGAUGUUUUUACUUACACCACCCUCUUAUCAGGGUUUGAGAAAGCCGGGAAAGAUGAUUCUGCAAUGAAGGUUUUUGAGGAGAUGAAAAGUGCUGGCUGCAAGCCAAAUAUUUGUACUUUUAAUGCUCUUAUUAAGAUGCAUGGAAACAGGGGAAAGUUUGUGGAGAUGAUGAAGGUUUUUGAUGAGAUCAAGACAUGCAAUUGUAACCCGGACAUUGUUACUUGGAAUACACUUCUGGCAGUCUUUGGGCAGAAUGGGAUGGACUCAGAAGUGUCAGGAGUGUUCAAGGAGAUGAAGAGGGCAGGGUUCAUACCUGAGAGGGACACUUUUAAUACCCUUAUCAGUGCAUACAGUCGUUGCGGUUCUUUUGACCAAGCCAUGGCUGUUUAUAAGAGAAUGCUGGAAGCUGGGGUUGUACCGGAUCUUUCCUCCUACAAUGCUGUUUUGGCAGCAUUGGCGCGGGGAGGGAUGUGGGAACAGUCUGAGAAAAUACUUGCUGAAAUGAAGGAUGGUCGAUGUAAACCCAAUGAGCUAACAUACUGUUCUUUGCUUCAUGCUUAUGCCAAUGGCAAAGAAAUUGAGCGGAUGCUUGCUCUUGGAGAAGAGAUAUUCUCUGGUGUGAUUGAACCUCAUGCCGUGCUCUUGAAGACCCUUGUUUUGGUUUAUAGUAAAAGUGAUCUUCUUACAGAAACAGAGUGUGCUUUCUUAGAAUUGAAGAAAAAAGGAUUUUCCCCUGACAUAACCACUCUAAACGCAAUGAUUUCAAUUUAUGGCAGGAGGCAGAUGGUUUCCAAAUCAAAUGAGAUCUUGAACUUCCUGAGUGAGAGUGGGUUCACUCCUAGCUUGACAACCUACAAUAGCUUGAUGUAUAUGUACAGCCGUUCUGAAAAUUUUGAGAAGUCCGAAGAGAUGUUAAGGGAAAUUUUGGAGAAAGGAUUGAAACCUGAUAUAAUAUCAUAUAAUACUGUCAUUUAUGCCUAUUGUAGAAAUGGUCGGAUGAAGGAGGCUUUGCGGGUAUUUUCGGAAAUGAGAGAUUCUGGCCUUGUUCCAGAUGUAAUCACCUACAAUACCUUUGUUUCAAGUUAUGCAGCUGAUUCAUUGUUUGAGGAGGCUAUUAAUGUGGUUCAAUAUAUGAUCAAGCAAGGCUGUAAACCAAACCAGAACACAUACAACUCCAUUGUAGAUGGUUAUUGUAAACUCAAUCGUCGAGAUGAGGCAAUCACGUUUGCUAACAACCUUUCCAAGCUUGAUCCACACACUUCUAAGAGGGAAGAAUGCAGGUUAUCAGACCGUAUAGCGAAGAAAUGGUCUUAGACAUUCCUCUUCUUCCAAAGGGAUGGCAGUUCAGUUAGUGUGCUUUUUCAGCACCAGACUCUGCAUCUGGCAUUUUAUUUCUCAUUUUGUGCCCAAUUUGUAUACUGUUUUGGUCUGGAGAUGAGCAGAUAUGUAAAUCUUUGUACUGAAUCCUGCUGUUUCUUUGAUUGAUUCCUGGAGCCAUAUUUUUGGUCUAUAAAUAUGGCCAACCCGAUAACUUGUAUAGAUGAGAUAAAAGAUGGAAAGUGGGAAGGAAAAUGAUUUAACCUGUUACCAGUCAAAUAUAAAUUAAUCCGUUUUGUUAA